GGUGUGGUGUGGCCCUGCUCUGCUCUUGUGCUCGGGCUCACACUGCGUUUCUGGCUGCUGCGGGUAGUGGCCAGUGGUCACCCCCGAGGCCCCGACCCCAAAUCAUCUCCACCUCCACCCCCUCGGCCCCUUCUCGUGGCCGUCUACCACCAUUGCUUCCUCCUCCACCUCCACGACUGCCACGCUACCCAAUCGUCGCUUCCCUUUCUUGAUCUCUCGCUGUCUUUGCAUGAGCUGCUGAAAGCGUGUGGCCUUUCCACGAUUGGUGCGCGAACGCCCGUCCCCGUGUCGGUUCGUGGAGAGUUUCGUCGGCGCCCAUGGAGAAGCUGCGCCGCCGGCGGCGGCGGCGGCGGCGGGUGGCGGGUGUCCUGCUGGUGAUGGCGCUGAUCUCCGUGCUCCCUGAUCUCGGCAGCUGCAACGAUGCCGGACGAGGAACUCUGAACCCAGAGGAAGGUAUCCGCUCCGACUCCGAAGCCUGGAUAAUCCAUGGCGACCGUACACGGAAAAUUCUGCAGGAGCAGCAGAACAAGUACUGGUCCGGAUAUUUCGGCAACAAGGCGGCAUGGCCGGAUUUCACCAACAAUAAUCCUCCGGCCGGCCGAGGCGGUUUUCAGGGCCCGCCGUCGACGUUCACGCCGCAGUAUCCGCAGUGGCCACCGUGGCCGUGGACACCGAAGGUUACGCCGCCGAUGAGCUUUCCCCCAUCGCCUGCUCCGGCACCUUCCAAGCCUUUGCCGCAGCCCGCGCAUGAUGGAAAUCCUUCACACAGCAUUGCACUGCCCCCACAGCUGGCCGGCACCGGUAGUAGGCCGGUGGUUGCCGGAGUUGUGCCUGGAGCGGGGCACUCUGGUCAUGUUAGCAGGCCUGCCUAUGUCAUCGCCGCGGCGGGGGCCUCCCUCCUCGCGGCCGUGUCGGUGGCGCUCUUCGUCCUGUGCUACCGGUCCAGCAAGGUGGUCACCGUCAGGCCGUGGGCGACCGGCCUCAGCGGGCAGCUACAGAAAGCAUUCGUCACAGGUGUGCCAUCGCUGAAGAGAUCGGAGCUUGAGCUCGCCUGCGAGGAGUUCAGUAACAUCAUCGGCUCCUUGUCGGAUUACAUGGUGUACAAGGGGACGCUGUCAAGCGGCGUCGAGAUCGCGGUGGUGUCGACGACCAAGAACUCUGCCAAAGAAUGGUCCAAGCACCGCGAAACACAGUUCAGGAAGAAGAUAACAAGCUUGUCCAGAGUCAACCACAAGAACUUCGUGAACCUGCUGGGCUACUGCCAGGAAGAACAGCCCUUCACCAGGAUGAUGGUGUUCGAGUACGCUCCGAACGGCACACUCUUCGAGCACCUCCACGUCCGAGAAGACGGCCACCUGGACUGGCCGACGCGCCUGCGGGUGGCUGUGGGCAUCGCCUACUGCCUGGAGCACAUGCACCAGCUGAGCCCGCCGGAGAUCCUGCGCACGCUGGACACGUCCACCAUCUGCCUGACCGACGACUUCGCCGCCAAGAUCUCCGACGUCUUCUUCUGCGACGAGCCCCGGGACCGGGAGGAAGCGAGCCUGCCGUCCCUGUCCCAGGCGCUGGUGGACAGGGAGAGCGUGGUGUACAGCUACGGGAUGGUGCUGCUGGAGACCAUGACCGGCCGGUUCACGGCGUCGGGCGGCGGCCUGCUGGAGGGCUGGGCGGCGGGGUACCUGAGAGGGGAGCGGCAGCUUAGGGACGUGAUGGACCCCGCGCUGCGGAGGUCCUUCCACGCCGCCACCGUCGACCGGCUGGACGGCGUCAUCAGGGGCUGCACCGACCGCGAGCCCAGGCGGCGGCUGACCAUGCCGGAGGUCGCCAGGCGGCUGAGGGAGAUCACCGCCAUGCCGCCCGACGCGGCCACCCCCAAGGUGUCGCCGCUGUGGUGGGCGGAGCUGGAGAUCAUCUCCACGGAGGUCAACUGAAACUGAGCAUGGGAAUAGGAAUGUUUUCAAGGAUUUCAUCCAGGUCGUUUAAAAUCCUGAAAUUCCCAGAGCAGAAUCCCGUUCAAAUGCACCUGAAACUGUCGUUUAGUUGAGAAUACAGGUUGAUUUUGUAUUUCUUUUUCCGUUUUCUGGUAUUCAUUUGUCCUGUAAAGUUUCUGUCCAUUGUGUACAUACGAACAAUAGAAGCUACUGCAGCGUGUGGCCGGAGCAGACUUGCGAUGUGCUAAAAUGAUGAAAUAAAGGUCGUACAUCCAUUGCAAUU